UGUUCUGAGUGUGAUGGUGACUGUAUUAUCUGUGUAUGCACUUUGGCUCAUGAAAUUUCAAUAAUCUUAGUCUUCAUGAAUUCAUUACAAAAUCUUAGGCAAGUUGGAAGGAGAAUGUUGACAGUCGGUAUAUCAGGUGUAACAUGUGGUGGUAAAUCAUCGAUCGCCAGUCUGUUAAAGUCUACAUUUCCAAGAGCAAAGUUCAUAUGCCAAGACGACUUCUAUUUCCCCCCCGAUGAGUCGCUAUCUAAAGAGCCAGGCCUCCCCAACUGGGAUUCUCUUGAGAGUAUCGACAUGGUUUCCAUGACGCGCAAAGUGAAAGAGACUAUCGACGCGUAUUCAAACGAAAAACUGCCAACAGAAAACCUGCUCGUUAUUGACGGAUUUCUCAUCUUCAACUAUCCUCCACUAGCUGAACUCUGCGAUUUAAAGUACUUUCUGACACUUCCGUUUGAAGAGUGCCUUGCUCGUCGCCGAAGGAGGACCUCAUACAACAUCCCAGACCAGCCAACAUAUUUCACUGAAGUAGCGUGGCCCAUGUAUCUUGUACAUUUGAAAGAAAUGCGUCAGGAAGGCUUCGCCGAUCAAAUCCAAUAUCUUGAUGGGACGAUUGACAUCCAGGAAAACUUUAAACGUAUCCUCAAAGAUGUUCAAGCUUAUCUUGAUGACGUGUGAUUACAGAUCCUUUCAAUACAGUCAUAUUUUUCUUCACUGA